AUGGUAUCUGAUUUAAAUGAACUAGGGAAUAAAGUGUUUCCUAACCGAAGGAAUCGGUUUUACAGACCACAACUGGCCGAACAUCAAUUUCUAGAACGCUUACCACGUUCGCAUCACAUCUACAAUUCUGUUGCCACUGUACUCAACAUCGAUGAAGCUGAAUUCUUGAAUAGUCUAACACCACACGGCCUCCGACCUCACCACUUGCACUUCAAGAUUGGGGCACUUGUUAUGCUGCUUCGAAACUUUGAUCCACCAAAGCUUUGCAAUAGCACAGGAUUUAUGAUAAAGAAGAUGAUGCUAACAGUCUUGGAGACAACAAUCUUGACUAGUAAAGAAAGCGUUGAGCCUAUAUUCAUUCCUAGAAUUCCACUUAUUCUCUUGGAUAUGACUUUCCUGUACAAACGCCUGCAAUUCCCGUUAAAACUGAGCUUUCCAAUGAGCAUUAACAAGGUCCAGGGGCAUUCCAUGGAUGUGGUAGGUCUGAACCUUGCGGAACCAGUUUUCUCCCAUGACCAACAUUAUGCUGGAUGCUCAAGAGUCGGCAAUCCUAAUCAUUUAUUUAUUUAUGCCUCACAAAGAAAGACCAAAAAUGUUGUUUAUCAAGAAGCUCUGCAAACUAAAUAA